AUGACAAAUGGUGGCGUUCAAGGACCUAUGGAGAGUUACAAUUCACUGGAGGAGCAUUUGCACGCUUUGAGCACAACACAAUAUCCACCCACCACGGUUGGCUACGUACAUCCGAAGUGGAUUGAGCCGUACUUUGAUCCGUCGACGCCGCGCAAUGUCACCGCAUUAAUGGGCAAAUCGGCGUAUUUGAGUUGCCGCGUACGCAAUUUGGGCAACAAAACGGUCUCGUGGAUACGCCAUCGUGACAUACACAUACUCACCGUGGGCGCGUACACGUACACGUCGGAUCAGCGUUUCCAGGCGACACAUCAUCAGGACAGCGACGACUGGACGCUGCAAAUAAAAUGGGCGCAAAAACGCGACGCUGGCAUGUACGAGUGUCAAAUAUCAACGCAGCCGGUGCGCAGCUACUUUGUGCGGCUCAACGUUGUGGUGCCAACAGCGACCAUCCUUGGCGGACCCGACCUUCAUGUCGACAAAGGCAGCACCAUAAAUCUUACAUGCACAGUGAAAUUCAGCCCAGAGCCGCCGGCCUACAUUUUCUGGUAUCAUCACGAGGAGGUCAUCAAUUAUGAUUCGUCACGUGGCGGCGUUUCGGUAAUUACCGAAAAGGGCGAUGUUACUACGUCAUUUCUGCUCAUACAAAAUGCCGACUUGGCCGAUUCGGGGAAAUAUUCCUGUGCGCCCUCGAAUGCCGAUGUGGCCAGCGUACGCGUUCACGUACUAAACGUUCGGCCCAUCAUUUCAGGUGAACAUCCGGAGGCGAUGCAAACCGGCUCAUCCGGCUGUCAGUUCAGUUGGCUAACAAUUUUCCUGCUCGUCGCCGUCGUGCUCGGCUAUCAGCAGCAAAGUUUCGUACUCAAUGCAGCGAGCGUUGUCGGCACAACAACAACAACAACAACAAUAGCAGCAAAAUCAAAUGUAAGCGAGAGUGUGGUUGUUGCAGCCCACAAAAGCGCAACAACAAUAACAAGAGCAAAAAGCACAGUUAACCGUCAAUUGCCGCAUAUAACGCAAACAAUGGAUGAUGUAACUGUAGCAACAACAAAAACAGCACUACAUACAACAACUGCAGUGCACAAAGCUGAAAUGAUAGUAAAAACAACAAAAAAAGCAGAUUUACUGACGGCAGACAUAUAUGUUGCACUUGCAACGACACAGAAUGCAAUAACGGAUCAACAAAACAGCAACGACAUAACAAAGAAAGAAGCUGCAACGACUGUUGCAUGCCCAACAACAACAACAACAAUGCGAAACUUGCCUGCAACCAUGUCAACAAGUUCAAGUGUGUCCGGAAAGGACUCGCCUGCUUCCAUUACUUUGCCAAAAGCAACAACAACACAAAUGACAACAACAACAACAAAAAGUUGCUGCAAUACAACGAAUAUGCCCACCAGCCCAAACGCCAAGAGUCACAACGAAACGACCGCCGGCAAUGCAACUACCCAGUUGCAGCGCACACAGGCAAAUAGUAGAGGCAGCGCCACGCCCACCACCUGCGGCGUCAGUGUGAGAAGCACUAAGCCCAAAAUCGACUGCAAUAAUAUGAUAAACAAAACUGUGACCAAAAGCGGCAAUGCAAAUUUCGCUCACUUUUGCAACAGUAGCAGCAAAAACAACAACAACAAUAGAGGGGGCAACAACAACAGUAGGCACACUGCAACAGCGACUACGGACAGCACAUGCUCAAAAAGUCAUGUGCCAAACGUCAGCGGCAGCAAUACCAACAACAAAAACAGCGUAAAUUGCAACAACAACAGCAACGUAAAUUGCAACAACAACAACAAUAACGUAAGUUGCAACAACACGGACAGCAGCCGUCAUACGAUGUGCCACCACAACGGCUACGAUGUCAGAUGAUGCGUUUGUGUUGCUGGACAGCGGCCCGUGCAUUGAUAACGGUAGUACUCGGAAUCUUAAAUGGAAAAUUUUCAUUUCAAUUGCAAAAUAGUGCGGUCACAAAGCAAUAGCUGCGUAAAUUGCUUGGCAUUUAUGAGGCUACAACAACAACAAACACCUCGCCGUCGGCUCAUGCCGUAAGAGCGUAUGCAUACUUAAUAGUGGGACUAUGUGUAUGUGUUUGAGUGUGUGUCGUAGUAGCCUGCAAUUGUUUUAUCUGCCAAUACUUAAGAGCGCGCUGAGCACCGUUGUCAUUCACAUUGAAACUUUCCAUUUUCGACGACGAAUUUUUAACAAGAAAUUUUAUUUCGAUUUCGAAGCAUGG